CCCCGCCGCCCUUUAACUCGGGCGGGGCUCGGCGGCCGACUCAGAUGCUUCUGAAAGCUGGCGUGGCUGCGUUCUCUCCGCUUCUUCGCACUUUUCCCGCUCGGCUCGCCGCUAUGAGCACUGGCACCUUCACGGUAUCACAACCGCUCAAUUACCGCGGCGGGGCCCGCGUGGAGCCGGCGGACUCCUCUGGCACGGAGAAGGCGUUCGAGCCGGCCACCGGCCGUGUGAUAGCUACUUUCACGUGUUCGGGAGAAAAGGAAGUAAAUUUGGCUGUUGAAAGUGCAAAGGCUGCCUUUAAAAUAUGGAGUAAAAAAUCUGGCAUGGAACGUUCCCGAAUCCUCUUGGAGGCUGCCAGGAUUAUAAGGGAGCGGAAGGAUGAAAUUGCCACUGUGGAGACUAUCAACAAUGGCAAGUCCAUUUUUGAGGCCCACUUGGACAUUGAUAGUUGCUGGCAGAACCUGGAGUACUAUGCAGGCUUGGCUGGAUCCAUGGCUGGUGAGCACAUCCAGCUCCAAGGUGGAUCCUUUGGUUAUAGCAGACGAGAACCACUUGGGGUUUGUGUGGGGAUAGGAGCAUGGAACUACCCCUUCCAGAUUGCCUGUUGGAAGUCGGCUCCAGCUUUGGCCUGUGGUAAUGCCAUGAUCUUCAAACCUUCUCCCUUCACACCUGUUUCUGUUUUACUCCUGGCUGAAAUCUACACCGAGGCUGGUGUGCCUCCUGGACUUUUCAACGUGGUGCAAGGUGGGGCCGCCACGGGCCAGUUUCUGUGUCAGCAUCCUGAUGUGGCCAAGGUCUCCUUCACUGGAAGUGUGCCCACUGGCGUGAAGAUCAUGGAGUUGUCAGCUAAAGGAAUCAAACCUGUUACCUUGGAACUUGGGGGCAAAUCUCCUCUCAUCAUCUUCUCAGACUGCAAUAUGGAGAAUGCUGUGAAGGGGGCACUGAUGGCCAACUUCCUCACACAAGGCCAGGUUUGCUGUAAUGGCACAAGAGUAUUUGUGCAAAAGGAAAUCCUUGAAAAAUUUACAGAAGAAGUGGUGAAACAGACCCAAAAGAUAAAAAUUGGAGAUCCCCUUCUGAAAGACACAAGGAUGGGUCCGCUCAUCAACCGACCACACCUGGAGCGAGUCCUUGGGUUUGUUAAACUGGCAAAGGAGCAGGGUGCUAAGGUCUUAUGUGGUGGAGAUCUGUUUGUACCUGAGGAUCCCAAAUUAAAAGAUGGCUAUUACAUGAGGCCUUGUGUAUUAACUAAUUGCAGAGAUGACAUGACCUGUGUGAAAGAAGAGAUCUUUGGACCAGUUAUGUCUGUUUUGUCAUUUGACAGUGAAGCCGAGGUUCUGGAAAGGGCCAAUGAUACCACUUUUGGACUAGCAGCUGGUGUCUUUACCAGGGACAUCCAGCGGGCUCACAGAGUGGUGGCUGAGCUUCAGGCUGGAAUGUGCUUCAUUAAUAACUACAAUGUCAGCCCAGUGGAGUUGCCCUUUGGUGGAUAUAAAAAGUCAGGAUUUGGCAGAGAGAAUGGCCGUGUAACAAUUGAGUAUUAUUCACAGCUGAAGACUGUGUGUGUGGAGAUGGGUGACGUGGAGUCUGUUUUUUGAAAACCCACAGUGAAGCCUGUCCACGUGGCCAAGCUGUGGAAUAAUAAGAAUCGGCUCUCUUGACAGACAGGCCAUUUAGGAUAAGAGAAUGAUACAGUGUUGUUCUUCAUCUUUCAGUCACCUUCUUAAUUGAAAUUGUGCAUAAGUGCCUUUCAGACAGUAAUCAAGAAAUGAUUUUUCUCAAAGCCAAUUUCUGUGAAAUCUUAAAAGCUAGCAACACACCUCUAGAGAAUAGGCAGGCCAGAAUUCAAUGUCUUCCACACAUUUGACCCACUGACAAUGUUAAUUUGUUAGCUUAUUUUAAAGAACAACUUUUGUAGGUUCCUGGUAGAAUUAGUAGAUAGGAUUUCUGUUCGUUGACAUUUUAAAGCUUUGUCAUUCCAUUGAGAAAGCUGAUGAUGCGGAUAUAGAGGGAAUUAGAAGAUAGAUGGGGUCAGAUUUUGUGCAUAAUAAUCUUGCAUAGAAAGCACUUUGUUUUCAUUCCUCCCACAGGGAAAAGUUAUCUCUGUUCCUUAAACUACAACUUACUCUCCUGUUUUUUCUUUUCUCUCCCAACUUGCUCUCUCUUGCAUCAAAAAGGAUAACUUUUAAGUGCACAAAUUGUAUGUAUGCUAAUAUUGUAUAGUGAAAUUAAAAUAAAUCAUACUGUUAAUCCUUUUACUUUCUUGUUUUGAAACUCAACACAUCUUAAAGCUGUAGUAGAACAGAAUAAAGGCACAAGGCAAGGAAAUCUGAUCUUUUCGGUAAGUACAAAAGCAGGUUGAGUUGCUGUAAAGAACUUUUUAUGACUCCCCAGUGUUCCCCAUUGUAUAACUAUUGCCUGUCCUGAGAAACCAUCACACCAUCUGACUCCUCAGGUUGCUGUGGUGAUGCCUAACCCUGCCCUUUUCUCUUCCUCACAGGAGAAUAGUUAAUAAAUAAUAGGGAAAGUAGUAGGCAGAGAUAAGGGACGAUUACUGGGUCUGGAUCUGGUCAUGUCCUAGGAUGGGCAAAUACUGCAGUUUUCGAACAUGGAAAUACUUGAAUCAACCUCCAGGUUUAUGCAGAGGUCACGUGAUACACAGCAAGGCCGCAGAAUUGUUUCACCCUGUGUCUUGUGCAACAUAAACAGUACGAACUGCCUGGGAGAAGACAAGUUUCUGAUGGUCCUAAUAAAAAAAUAGCAGGGGAAAGGGAACUAACAUUUGAGUAUCCAGGAGAUCCUAUUGCUACAUCCCUUCUCACUUAUUGCACACAGUACACGUAAGUACGGUAGUAUCCCUGAAUUCAGGAUGAAGAAACUGAGAUUUAGGGGGAAGUCUUGGUCCUAGGUACUAGUCAAACCCUGUGUGGGAUUACAGUUCCUUUGCUUUCCAGACCCUUCCCUGGCUCCUGUGCCUGCAGCAAGAAGCUUCCACACAGUGGUGGCCCCUUAAACAACACAAACUUGUCAUCUUAUCUGGAGGUCAGAAGUUCAAAAUGGUUUCACUUGGCCAAAAACCAAGGAGUUGACAAGGCCACACUCCCUCCAGAGGCUCACUAAGAGUGCUGUAGUUUGGAGGGUGAACAUCCACCAGAGGAUGUACUAAAGGCUUGGUCCCAGGGUGUUGCAGUUUGGAGGUGGUAGAACCUUCAGGAGAUGGGGGCUAGUGAGAAACCCUGAAGUAUUUGAGCCUGUGCCCUCAAAGGGGUAGGGCCCCACCCCCUUUUCCUCUGCUUCUUGGCCAUGGAGUAAGCAGUUUUGUGCCACCACGUGCUCCUGCCAUGAUGUGUUGCCAUACCACAUACCUAGACAAUGGAGCCAAUUGAUCAUGGACUGGAACCUCCAAACUGUGAGCCAAGAAAACCUCCCUCCUCCCUACCCUGGAGAUUGAACCCAGGGCCUCUAGCAUACUAGGCAAGUCCUCCACCACUUGAGCCAUGCCCUCAGCCCAAAUCUUUUCUCUUGUAAAGUAAUUAUCUCAGGUACUUUAUUACAGUGAUGGAAAGCUGGCUAAGUAGAAUCUGUUUACCUUUUCAUCUUGAGCUGCAUUCCAUGGCCCCUGGCCCCCUUAUUGUCUAAGUCAGCCGUUUACCAUCUUCAAAUCUCUGCUUUCAUACUCUCUGCCUCCCUCUUAUAAGAACACCUGGGAUUAAAUUUGGAGCCCACCUGGAUAGUCCAUAGUAAUUGGCCACCUCAAUAUCCUUGAUCAUGUCUGCAAAGACCCUCUUUUGCCAUAUAAGGGAACAUUGACAGGUUCUGUGAAUUAGGAUGCAGCCAUAUUGGGGGAGCAUUAUUCAACCUACUGUAUUUCACAUGGUCCAAAGUGUGUUCUACGACAUUAUAUAGCUAUGGCACUUUACAAAUUUACCUGGACAAAGAUUUGAAAAAAUACACCUGAGGGGAAAAAAACCUGUUAAUGAUGCAUCUUCUAAGAGUACAAGUAUAGUCAGCCUCUGUAUCUGUGAGUUCCACAUUAGUAGAUAGGAUAUUAUUUUUAAAGUAAAAAUUAUGUCUGUGAGACUGGGGGUGUAGAUCAGUGAUAGAGUGCUUACCUGUUGUGUACAAGGCCUUGGGUUUGAUCCCUAGCACUGACAAAAAUUACAUCUAUACUGAACAUACACAAAUUUUUCUUGUCAUUCCCUAAAUAAUACAGUAUAAUGACUUUUUACGUAGCCUUUACAUUGUAUUAAGUAUCAUACAUAAUAAUCAUACAGAGAUGAUUUGAAGUAUACAGAGGAUGUGCAUAGGUUAUAUGCAAAUACUUGUUGCAGGAAGUUGC